UAUGUAGCCAUAAAAUUAGUUUUCAUUAUUUGGGAAUGUGCAAGUUAAUGAAGCUGAAUAAAAUAGUGAAGUGAAGAAAAAAAGAGAAGAAUUUGCAACAGAAAUCAGGUCCAGGGAAAGAAAUAAUAUAAUAAACAAUAAAAGAUUAGCUUAAAAUGUAGUUCAUAUUGAUUAUUCAUUUUAGAAUUAAACAACCAAAAUUCCUGAAUCAUUACCCUUAAUACCACCCACUCUUCCAUAAGAUUUACAAAUAGCCUUAAAAGCUUAGUAAGAACAACUCAUGAAAAGAUCUUUUUCAUUUGAAGAUUUUCCUGAUGUUCUACAAAAGAUCUUUUCGACUGAUAUUUUGUAAUUACAUUAUGGAGUGACAGGAUUAAGAAAGAUGUUGUCAGUUGAAGUAAGAAAUAUAUUCUAAUAUUAAAGUCAGGUGCGCCAAUUUAAUAGGUUAUCGACGCAAAUUUAGUACCAAAAUUAAUUGACAUGAUCUAAAAAGAACAAAUACCUCAACUUGUUCUUGAAGCAGCUUGGGCUUUAACAAAUGUAGCAAGUGGAACAACAUAACAAACCUAAUCUAUCAUUGACAAAGGAGGAAUAUAUUUAUUUGUGAAACUCUUGAGUUCAUAAUAUAGAGAUAUUGCUGAAUAAGCAGUAUGGGCCAUAGGUAAUAUUGCUGGAGAUUGUACAUAAUACAGAGAUCUUAUAUUAAGAGUUGGUGGAGUGGAUCCAUUGAUAGCCAUUAUGCAAAAUGCUCCAAAUAAAAAUACAAUUAAACAUUGCACUUGGUCACUGAGUAAUCUUUGUAGAGGAAAACCAAUUCCUGAUUUUAAGGUUUACAUUAUAUUCUAUCUAUAAAUAGUAUGUCAAAAAUGCCUUACCUGUAUUUUGCAAAGUCAUAAUAGAUGAGACUGACCCAGAAGUUUUGACUGAUGCUUGUUGGGCCUUAUCUUACUUAAGUGAUGGAGAUAACAGUAGAUUAUAAACUGUUAUUGAUUCUUAAGUAGUCCCAACUCUAAUUAAAUUGCUUGAUCAUUCAUCUCUUCAACUUGUUAUUCCUACUUUAAGGAUAUUAGGAAAUGUUGUGACUGGAGAUGAAACUUAAACUACAUAUGUUCUAAAUUAAGGUUUAUUACUUAAAAUACCUAAGUUACUCUCUCAUGACAAAAAGGCUAUCAGAAGAGAAGUAAUUCUAUAUCUUAUCAUAGGCCUGUUGGACAAUUUCUAACAUUACUGCAGGAAGUAGCAAUCAGGUUAGUUAAGUUGUUAGAGAUUCUGCAAUAUUAGAGAAGCUAUUUACAUUGAUGACAACAGAUGUCGAAGAAAUUGUAAGGGAAGCCACUUGGGCAAUUUCCAAUUCAACUAAACAUGGAAGCAAUUCAGAUAUUUAAUUGUUAGUUUAAAAAGGAUUACUUAAUGUAUUUAAAUAGCUCUUAGAAGGAGAAGACACACAAACUAUGACUGUGGUUCUAGAAGCCUUAUUAAACGUCUUAAAGAGAGGUAUUUUGUACUUUUUUUGAGUUUAGGUGAUUAAGAUUUUAAAGAUGACAAUUAUUACUUAACCUAAUUGGAAUAAAUGGGUGUCAUUUCAAAGAUCGAAUAAUUAUAAAAACAUUAGAAUUAAAGUGUUUAUCAAAAAUGUUUUAACAUUCUAGAAUAAUAUUACGAAGCCGAAUCAGAAUUAUGA